AUGGCCUCGAACAGCUCUCCUGUCAUCGUCCUCGUCCCCGGUGCCUUCGGCACCCCUUCUGGGUUCGAUCAGAUCCUGCCAUACCUGAGAGACGCCGGCUUCUCAACCCGGCCAGGGGCAUACCCCAGUUGCGAUCCGCCCAACCCAGCCACGGCGACUUGCGCCGAUGACAUAGCGCAUCUGCGAAACGACGUUCUCCUGCCUCUUCUUCAGGAGGGGCAGGAUAUCGUUGUCCUUGUGCACUCGUACGGUGGAGUCGUUGGCGGUGGGGCAGCCAAAGGCUUGGACAAGGCGUCCCGCCAGUCUCAAGGGCUGCCCGGCGGCGUCAUCGGCCUCAUCUACGUCGUCGGAAACAUCACUCUGGAGGGAGAAUCCCUCAUGGAGGCCGUUGGCGGCGCCUACCCUCCAUUCAUCAAGCUGUGCAAGCCUUCGGAACACCUCGCCCUCAUAGAGCCGGCUAUGGAUGUUCUUUACAAUGACUGCGAUGCUGCGCUUGCCCCUGUGCUGGAAAAGUCCCUGAAGCCUCAUGCGCACCUGGCAUUCGAGACGAAGGCCACAGCGCCAGCCUGGGCGGACUUGGCAUUUGAUGGAAGGCGUACAUAUGUCCGGACUAUCAAGGAUGCCUGCAACCCGGCCAUCCUCCAGGACAUGUGGAUCGAAAAGUCCAAGGUGAGGUGGGACGUGGUCGACUUCGACACCGGCCACAUGCCGUUCAUCAGCCAGCCCAAGGCCCUGUCCGAGCAGAUAAUCAAGUCUACAAAGGGCUUCAUGUGA